AUGUCGAAAAUUACAGCAGUAGGUUGUUUGUUUCUAGCAAUAUUUGUUGGAGUGCAAUUGAAGUGUCUUGAGAGUGGUAUUGCUCUUCGUAUGGACGCAGUAACAGUGCAAAUAACGAAUCGCUUAAGCGAGAGAUAUUUGGCUGUUCAUUGCAAAGACAAGCACAAUGAUCUUGGGCUGCAUCAACUGAAUGUUGGUGAAACAUAUGGUUUUAAGUUCUAUCCUGAGCUUAUUUUUCCUACGACAUUGUACUUUUGUCAUUUUACUUGGUUGGAAGAAGAUCAUUAUUUUGACAUAUAUGUCCAAAAACGAGAUGGUUACUGCAAUAGUGAUAUUUGUGCUUGGGACAUACUUCCCACUGGACCAUGUCGGACAAAUAAAGAUCCUCGACAGUGCUAUGGAUGGAAUCCACCAUCUGCAGUGCAACAAAGUAACAACACUUUACUUCUAUGA